CGUCAUCUCCGCAGUGCUCGGGUUGUUGAUGCUGCAUCACCACCUCAGGCUGGCGUUGAGCUGUGAGCUGAGGAGUUCGUGAAAUGCAUCAUGGCAGCUGCAUCAUGUCUGGAUCCAGACCUGGUGCGAGAGGUGCUGGAGUGCCCCAUCUGCCUCGAAACGUACAAUCAGGAGCAACUCCGUCCCAAACUGCUCCAGUGUGGCCACUCCGUAUGCCGACAGUGCCUGGAGAAGCUCCUGGCGAGCACCAUUAAUGGCGUGAGAUGCCCGUUUUGCAGCAAGGUGUCCCGCAUGAGCAGCAUCUCACAGCUGGCUGAUAAUCUCACAGUGCUGAAGAUCAUCGACUGCGCGAGCUCCUGCAGCUCAGCGGCCGGCCUUAUGUGCAAGUCCUGCAAGAACCGUCUGCCGCGUCACUACUGCUCCGACUGCUCUGUGGUACUAUGCGAUGCCUGCAAGGUGGAAGGUCACCAGCAUCAUGGACACUCAGUGCAGACCAUCCGUGCCGCUGCCGAACACCGCCGGAAGGACCUCGGCGGAAGGCUGACAACUCUUCGAGAUACCAUGGUGAAUAUUCAAAAGAAGAAAGCGGCGAUCGAUAGCGUUUCGAAAUCCCUGCGUCUAAAAUACAAAGCGGUGCAGCAGGAGUACGCAAGGUCUGAGCUGCAGCUUCAGGAAGAGCUCGGGCGAUCGCGCCGUGCUUUUGCGGCAUCCCUAGCAGAGGUCGAGAAGCUCAAUUCUCAGAUUCUUGAGGAGCAAUCGUACCUCCUGAACAUCGCCGAGGUCCAGGUUGUGUCUAGGUGCGACUAUUUGACCAUGAGGAUUAAGCAAACAGACACCGCUCUUCUAGAAGAGGCAGGCGGGAACGACGAAGAAGAGCUGGAUGUAAAAAGCAAUCUCCCUGUACUCCUGAAGUUGCAAGAACCUGAGCUGGUCAAACCGGAGAACCCACAGUCGUUAGAUAUGGGGCAGCUGAUGACCAAACAGUGUACCGUGAACACAGAUGAAGAGGACAGUCAGGAGUUAGCUGCUGCUGCUGUCACUGCCACCACUGCUCCUGGAGUUCUGUAUUGUGAUGUCGAUAUGACGAGCACCAUAGAGGAAGCAGUGUGCGCUUCACCAGGCAGCUUUAAAUCCAAAUCCGUAGACGGGGGUGGACCUGCAACCGGAGGAGCGUCCGGAGGUCAGUUUUGUCAGUUUGUUAAGAAGAUGGGGUGCAAAGGGAACCUCCCAGGUAUGUUUAACCUGCCGGUGAGCAUCUGCGUAACUCCUCAUGGUGACGUUCUGGUGGCGGACCGAGGCAACUAUAGAAUUCAGAUCUUCAACCGCAAGGGCUUCCAGCGAGAGAUCCGCCGCAACCCGAGCAGCAUCGAUAACUUUGUCUUGAGCUUCCUAGGUGCCGACCUUCCCAAUCUCAUCCCCUUGUCCAUUGCCAUCACCCCUCAGGGACUUAUCGGUGUCACAGAUAACUAUGAUAACUCUGUCAAGGUUUACACGACGGACGGGCACUGCAUCGCGUGUCACAAGAACCAACUGAUCAAGCCAUGGGGAAUUGCUGCCAUGCCUUCUGGGCAGUUUGUCGUGUCCGACGUGGAAGGGGGCAAGCUCUGGUGCUUGGCGGUGGAUCGAAAUGUUGGGGUUGUGAACUACAAUAGGUUGUGCUCAGCUGUCAGGCCUAAGUUUGUGACUUGCGACUCUUCUGGGACAGUUUACUUCACACAAGGUUUAGGACUGAACAUCGAGAACAGGCAUAACGAACACCACCUGGAAGGAGGGUUCUCUAUCGGGUCAGUCGGGACGGAUGGCCAGCUUGGGAAACAGCUAAGCCACUUUUUCUCCGAAACCGAGGAUUUCCGGUGUAUCACAGGAAUGUGCGUGGACACCAAUGGGGACCUGCUGGUGACGGAUAGCGGCCGGAAGGAGAUCCUGCAGUUCCCCAAAGAAGGAGGUUAUAACAUUCUGAUUCAGGAGGGACUGACAUGUCCCGUCGGAGUGGCUGUCACGCACAAAGGACAGCUUCUGGUUUUGGACUGCUGGGACCACUGUGUCAAGGUGUACACCUAUUUACAGAAGCGGCGCUCUUCGACUUGUUAAGAUCGCACAGCUUUAUUUCCUAGUCACUUUAACUCAAGGUCUGCAUUAUCUCAAAUAUUUUGUUGGUAGGGUUGAAAGAAGAGCAGAUGAAACACUACUGCCAGCGAGAGAUGGGGGACAAAAUGGCCUCGCUGGUAUGGCAUAGGCUCCUUUUUUGUUUGUUUGUUUGUUUCUUUGUUUUUUUUCUUUCGGAAAUACCGCACAACAGACGGCAAUAAGUUGACGUGUUGUCUUUUAUGUGGGAGUGUUUGUGAAAUUAUUAACGUAUACAAAAGCAUCAAAUUGGAGGACUGCAGGGUUCAAGUCAAGAGCUUAACCAAAUGGAAAUAUUAGAUCCGGAUGCAUAAACAUGUAAAUCACACCAAUUAACGAUUCUUGCUCAUGUCUCUUUCCAUCCACCGAUGUCUUCAACAUCAAAGUGCUCUCUCGUAUCAUGGAACACUUACGUAGUUUCAUCCUGCAGCAUAAAAUAUCAGAACUCAGUGUAACUCUAUCUGUUAUUCUGUGGUAUAAAAUGAUUAUUAUGAUGUUGCACUUAAUAAAGUCAUCAACAUAGAUGUCGAUUGUUGUAGUUACCAAAGUAUUCUAAGAUCAGGAUUUCUCAGCAUGCGAUCCCUGCAAUAGUUUGUCAUUUCACCACAGAAAAUCCGACCUGCCGACCUUUAGGAAUUGUGCGUAGGCGCUCACACAAUUUCUUACAAGUUUACACUAAAAAAAAAAAACUCUGGUAAAAGAGCAGCGGCAGACGAGGCUGGUGAUGUAUGUACCUGGAAUUGCGUAGGAUAUACAAUGUUCUGGAAGCCCCGCCCCCUUUCUCAGUUAAUCACAGCAGUUUCGACAGCAAAGGUACCGUACAAAGAAUUUGAGUUAAUUAUCUGUCUUAAGACCUUCAACUUGGCCGGCGUUAGAACAGUAGUCCGGGUCUUUACGGUAGAACCCGAGUAUAUACGUGGUUAUUCUGUAACCAACAGCUGUGAAGAACUCCUUCCGCCGCUCGUCUUUAAACAAACGUUUACAUGCACGCUUUCUUUUUUACCGUUCUAGAAAAAAACGACACACAGCAAUUAGCAGAAUGCGCACCAUACCAACCUCUUCCACAACUACGCAUUAUUCCUCAUUACAGUUUGGUAGCGAAUUUGAAAACGAAUGCAGGACAAUAUCAACCAAGCCGUAUACAAUCUCCUACAGCGUUCAAGUGUCCUUGUUUUGACUUACAACUUGUUUAUGAGCUGGAAAUAUUAGGCAUAUUAGGAGGAGUCUUAAUCGAAACGUUCAAAUUCAACGUAAUUAUAUGCACUUGCUAGUUUGUUUCGUACCGUACGCAUCCGAGACGCCGAUUCUAUCAGCAAACGACUAGACGCAUCACCCACAGACUCCUGAAUUGUGUUUUUAAUCGUGGUGUUUAACGUGUGUAGCUUUUAAUAGAACCAAAAUAAAGAUCUAAAAGAACAUCUUAAAAAAUAAAAAAUAAAAAAAAUUUAAGACGACAAUCCAGAGCGAGUUCGGUCGUUUAGUCGACUCCUUGAAGUUUGGCAUGUCCCGACGUAAUUUUAUGGAAAUUGUUAUGAAAUUGUAACACUUUUAUUUAAAUUGGUAAUUAUACAGCAUUUCUGUCUGUAAUGCUUUUUGUUUAUCGACAAUAAAAGAAAACUUGACAAAAAAAUAGAGCACUUUAGAAAGCACUUAACUGGAUAAAUACCUCCAGAAUGCAGCACCCAGGGUCAUCUGGGUGUUUUGAUAAUACACCACGUUGGCAAUACUUUGAAUCCGGGACAUGCCGGAUUUAAACCGAGUCUCACACAAGAACUGCAUCUAGUCUAGAAGUAACACGGUGACUCGACACUUUCAACACCGUUAUCAUCCCACCCAUUAUUUAAAAAAUAAAUAAAUGUGUUAAAAAAAACAGGGUGCUGUAAACACACAUCUCGGUCCUGGACACUACACGGUGACACUGUAUCCUUGCAUAGAAGUUGUGAAGUAAAUCUCUCCGAUUAUUUCUUUGUAUUUGUUCAUGAUCGGUUGUGUGCAAUAAAUUCAUUAAUGAAU